AUGAAUAUGAAUAGACUUGCUGCACUUAUUUGUUGUCUUUCGUUUUCCAAACGAUCAAAGAAUAUUAAUACUAAAAAUGAAAAAGAUAUAUUAACGAGUGUAUCUGAAAGUGUGGAAUUCGAUUUUUCGUCACCUACCACACCACAAGAAUUAAAUCAACGAAAAAAACGUUAUGGCGUUUGUUUAAAUUGUGGUUAUCCUUUAUCCGAUAAAUCUUGGUGUCAAUUUUGUGAAGGUCAAAAAUUACAACAAAAUUUUAAUAAUUGGUCAAGUGGAAAUCAAUUUAUUGAUAAUUUUAUACAAUCAAGUCAAUUAAAACCUUUAAAUAAGAAUGGUUAUUUGUCAUGGAUUCCUUAUGAUGAUUUAAUUCAAGUUCGUUAUAUGGCCAAUGGUGGUUUCUCCGCAGUUUAUUCCGCACUUUGGGAUCAUUUUGAAACUGGUCAAGUUGUUGAUGUAGUAUUAAAACGUUUACAUAAUGGUCGAACUUCGGAUCCGGAAUUCUUAAGGGAACAGAUCGCAAUGUUUGUCUAUGCUGCGUCUCAAAAAUCUUCUGUAAUUCGUUGUUACGGUAUGACAUUACAUCCAACAGAAGGUUACAUGUUGGUAAUGGAAUAUGGUGAGGAAGGUGAUUUACGUAGUUAUUUACGAGGAAAUCAUUCAGCUUUACUUUGGUCCGAUAAAGUAUAUAUGAUAAGAGAUAUUGCCAAAUCACUUGAAGUACUUCAUUCACGUGAAUUCGUACAUGGGGAUUUACAUACCGGAAAUAUUUUAAAGAAAUUACCUAAAAAUUCAUCACCUCCAAUAAAAAAUCGAUUACGUAAAUUCAUAAGUGGAUUAGGUUUAUUAUCCGAAAAUUCCCGUGAACGUGAAUUAUCUGAUAUAUGUAAAGAUGUGAGACCUCCAAUUGAUCGAAGGUCAAUGCCUCAAUUUUACGCGGAUCUCAUUAGACGUUGUUGGGAUCCCGAACCAUCAAAUCGUCCAAGUGCUCGUAUAAUAAGAGAAAUAAUUGAUGGUUGGAUAUUAUCAAUUCAAAAUUUAAGUCCUUAUAUAACAGUUGAUGAAAAGAGUUUAUCUUCAACCAUUAAAAAUCCUAGUUCAAUUUCUUCAAUAUUUUUUCACUCUAAAAAGGAUGGAUUAAAUGAUAAUGAUAUAGAUCGGUUUUAG